AUGGCUCUGAACCUGACAUGUUUGAAUGUGACUGUCCCAUUGCCUAUCAUACCGAUAGGUAAUAACUUGACCAUAUCUCCUACUCAUUCAAAUUACGAUCCAUAUGGGAAAGCUAUUUCACAAUUGAUUUCAUCUUCGUUGGCACGUUCGACUUUUUCCACGGCGGACAUUGAGUCAAUCUUAAACACGCUAACAUCAGAUGACACGAAUUCACUGAACUUACCUGCUCUGACUAGUAUGAAACCAAUCAAAUCGACCAUUAUCUAUGGAAGUGUUACGUUAUUUUUAUUUCUAAUACUUUCAUUGGUAUUCUACUGUAUUUCAUGUACCAACUGUUGUCAAGCGAAAUCUAUUCAAGACUAUUCACGAUCAAAACAAAGGAAAUGUUCACGACAAUGUGUUUCUGUCGUUGUCAUCUUGUUAAUUGGACUAAUAGUUCUUGGUCAAAUGAUUUACAUCGCAUAUCAUGUCAAUAGAACGACCACAUUUCUUGAUAAUUCGAUUCAAGAGUUCAAUCAAGAGAUAUAUCCGAAGGAAAUCGGACUUUAUUUAGAGCAUCUUCUUCAACAAUUAAAAAUGCUCGAUGCAUAUUCAAUGCCAAGCAGUACAAUUAUCAUCGAUGCAUCUAGAUCGAUGUUCCUCAAAUCGUUCAAUAAAAUUCUGAAAGAACAGUAUUUUCUCAAUAUAAUUCAACAAACAAUCAGUUCGAAUGAUAUGCACAUCGACGAAUUAAAUACAUUAAUUGGUCAAGAAUCAACGUCUUCGCCAAUUGCCACGAGUAUCGUUGAUGAAAUUACAAAACAGCAUGAAGAAAUGGCUGAUCAACUUGCAGUACCAUUAGCAGAACUCUGUGCUUUUGUUGAUGGAAAAGAUACAGAUAUUGAUGCGAUAAUUUUAGAUUCGUUGUCUCUCGUUCACGAGCAAAUAACAAAAAUAACUAAUAUAAUAGAAAUCGAUUUUCUCAACUAUAUGAAACCAUGGGAAGAUCAUGUGUUGCUAAACCAGGAACUUGAAAAACAAAUUCGAUACUAUACUCGGCUUGCAGGAACUAUUUUACUGGUGUUGAUUAUUAUAUUUGGUUUAUUUCCAGUUGGUUUAUUCACUGUCAUCAUAUUGUAUCAUUGUCGACAAAGACAUUUAGUAUCCAAAUAUCGUAGCAGAGAUGACGAUAGACAAAGUUCAACCAGACGGUCCCAGUCAUCAAUAGUGCAUAGCGACUUUUCGUCCGAAUCCUCGACGAAUGGAACAAUAUGUUGGUUGCGAAUCAUCUUCAUACCAGUAAUAAUCAUCUUAGUAAUGAUUAUUCUUCUUUCAAGUCUAUUCUACGCUGUCGACCUCUUUGCGCAAGGUGCAUGUCGGACAGCUCACGAGGAUGACACGUUUCUUAUUCCAUUUCUUAUCGAUGAAUUACUUGGAUCGAAUUCGAGCGAUGUGAUGAUCCCCGGAUUGGAUAUACAAACAACAUUCCUGAAAAUAGUUGAUGAUUGUCGACAUGAAACGCAUUUCAGUAGGCAUUUCUUCGCUAGUCAUCUACGUCGUCUCCAUGAAGACGUUAAUAAGUCAAUGAAUCAAUUAAAUGAUAAAAUCGGUCAGCAAUUUUACGUUUCAAUAGCUGCUAUCAAUAUUCAAGAUGAUAUAAGUCUUCUGAACAACCUUAGCUCAUUAUUCAGUUCAGACAGCAUUAGAAAUAAAAUCGAACAGAUCCGUGAAGGUUUCAAAAAUUUGCAACAGCAGUUUGAAAAUAUAACUGCUGCUACUCCUACAAUACCACUUGAUAUUGUUAACCAAACAAUUGAUAAUUUUGAAGUUUAUGUACGAGAGAUGAUAGAAUCAACAAUCGAUACUUGUCCUCUACCAUUGGCUACUAUCUACAAAACAGACAUAUUUGUAUGUCAUGAAUUCGCUGCAACGAUCAACGGACUCUGGUUUAGUUUGUUUCUCUACAUGCUUUUUCUUAUAUUAGGUCUCGCUAUCGGUGGUUUAUGUGUUUACAAACAACUACGAGUAACUGCGAAUACUGAAUCAAGAAAUAUAGACUUGAUGAGAUCUCAAUUCUAA